CUCGUUCUUUUAUUAAAGUAUUAACCGUAGCUUUUUAUGUCCGCGAUCCAAAACCUUCAAAUCCUUUCGCUGACACCGGUGAAGACGACGCUGGACCUCAGGGAUAUAUUCAUAUUCGUAUACAACAGAGAAACGGUAGAAAGACUUUGACUACUGUUCAAGGUCUUCCAGUUGAAUAUGAUCAAAAGAAAUUGCUAAAGGCAUUUAAGAAGGAAUUUGCUUGUAAUGGUACUCUUGUACAAGAUGAAGAACUCGGUCAAGUGAUUCAGCUUCAAGGAGACCAACGUAUUAAAAAAGCAUUUUAUUGUUCGGGUAUUAUAGCUAUGAUAGCUAUGAUUUCAUAUAUUAAAACUGAUAAUUUGAACGGCAACCGUAAAAAUGACUAUUCCUUCCGACGGAUGUUCACCGCUGAGUCAUUGGGAUAUUCCCGUAUUAUAACUAAGUUAAAC